AUGGGUGCAAGGCGCACCCUUUUGUCGGGGGCUGCGAGCCGCGACAAGCGAAAGCGCGAGGAGCGGCUCGAGUUGAACAGGAAGAAGAAGGCGAAGAAAUGGAGGGAGGAACUGGCAGCCGACCGGCGCCACGAGAUCCGCCUCAGCGGCCACAGCACCUCCUCCUCUCUAGGGCCCCGUGGAAAAUCAUCGGCGAAAUCUCGCGUCAGCGGCUCGUCAGACGCCUCCGCUGAAGACGACGACGAAGAGGACGGUGACGAGGACGACGAGCCCGAAGAAGAGGAAGACGAGGAGGAAGGCGACUUGGAUUUGGAUGAUGACGACGACGAGGAGGUGGUGGAGCUGAGCGACGGAUGCCUCGACGAGAGUUUCGGCGAAGAAGAGUCGGCCGAUGAAGAUGAGGAGGCUGACACCGAAGAACGCGACGAGAACGAGCAGGCGCUGAGAAAACGCAAAGGCGGGACCCCCCGGGCGAUGCGACUGGCGAAGGAGCCGCCUCUUCGUCGACUGCUGGAGAGGCUUCCAAGGGGCAGGAUGGAGAAGACGCCGCGCUGCACAAGAAAGACCCCGCAAACCAAAAGAAACAAAUCGCGGUCACCGGCAAAAAUGCCCUUCUCCACACGCAGACGGCCUGGGGCGACUUGCCGCUGA